AAUGACAGAAGUGAUACAAAAUGUUGUUCAUCUAACAAUAAUUUUGGUGAUAAUCGCACCAUUUUUCGUGAAAAAUGGGUAACCAACUGAUAGGAAUUGCCCCCUUGCAGAUUCUUCCCGUCGAGCGCUACUUAACAGACCACCCUGACUUGAAAUUUGACCUAAGUCUGGGAAGUACCCGUUUUUUCAAAGUAGCCCGAGCUGAAUCCCAGGAAGGCCUAGUAGUCGUGAAAGUUUUCGCAAUUCAUGACCCUACUCUUCCUUUAUCAACAUACAAAGACCAUUUGGACGAAAUCCGAAAACGUCUGUCAAGCGCAGUGAAUUGUAUCCCAUUCCAGAAAAUUAUUUUAACAGAAAAAGCCGGCAUUUUAGUCCGAGAGUACGUUAAGUACAGUUUAUAUGAUAGGAUUAGUACUCGUCCGUUUUUGACCAACAUUGAGAAACGUUGGAUUACUUUCCAAAUAUUGUACGCACUUCAUCAAUGCCAUAAAGUUGGGGUCUGCCACGGCGAUAUUAAACUAGAAAAUAUCACAGUCACGUCGUGGAAUUGGGUUUUAUUGGUCGAUUUUGCGUCAUUUAAGCCGACUUUUGUCCCAGAGGAUAAUCCGGCCGAUUAUUCGUAUUUUUUUGACACGUCGCGACGACGCACGUGUUACAUAGCCCCUGAAAGGUUCAGCAAAACCACAAACAAUGAAAACAGCGCCUUGAUCCCCGAAACCACUUGCGAACGUGGAGAAUUGACCCCAGCGAUGGAUAUAUUCUCCACAGGAUGUGCUUUAUUGGAGUUAUGGAAUGAGUUACACGUCCCGUUUGAGUACUCACAGUUACUAGCGUACAGAUCAAACAAAUACUCCCCUGAGAAACACUUGAAUAAUUUAAAUAAUCCCUCAUUGAAGUCACUAAUUUCAAGUAUGAUUGAAAUCGACCCAAGUAAACGCUUAUCAGCGGAAGAUUAUCUUGCAAAAGAGCGAGGGAAACUAUUCCCCGAAUAUUUCUUCACGUUUUUACAGAGUUACAUGCUGAUUUUUUCUGCUACUCCGAUUCUGUCACCCGACGAGAAAAUUUUGAGACUUAAGAGUGACAUCGCAAACAUUUUUAAAUUUCUAGGACCCAUCAAACAUUCUAAUGAAGAUGAUAACGAAACACUUGAGAAGGGUGAAAGUGAGGGUUUGGUCAUUAUUAUUUCCUUGGUGACUUCGUGUAUUCGGGGUUUACACGACUGCAGCUCGAAAUUAUGCAGUCUUGAGAUUUUAUUAGAGUUAUCAAAUCAUGCAAAUGGUGAAACUAUCCUUGACCGUAUUUUACCCUACAUUAUGUAUUUGGCUCGGGAUAACUCAUCACGGGUCAAAAUAGCCGCAAUUAAUACCAUAACUAAAUGCCUCGAAUUGGUGCAACAGCUGCCAAAGUCGGACUCUAAUAUUUUCCCUGAGUACGUUUUGCCCGGUUUAGCCCCCCUGGCUGUGGACCCCAACAUCUGCGUUAGAGCAGCCUAUGCUAAAAACAUCGCAACGUUGGCUGAAAUUGCAUUACGGUAUUUAGACCAAAUGCAAAAUGACUGGUACGACAACAACAUCAAACAAAAAUACAACCACACUUUCAACUACGAAUUGGAAUUGCAAGCAUUGCACGAGAUGGUCGAGCAAACCGUCAGUAUUCUUCUAACCGACUCUCAAGCUCUGGUUAAACAAACUUUGAUCGAGAAUGGGAUCACUAAAUUGUGUGUCUUUUUCGGGAAACAAAAGGCCAACGAUGUUCUCUUGUCGCACAUGAUCACGUUUUUGAACGACAAGGAUGACAAGCAGUUGCGGGGGUCGUUUUUCGAUUGCAUUGUGGGGGUGGCGGCGUAUAUAGGGUGGCAUUGCUCGGGGAUUUUGACCCCCCUUUUGUUACAAGGUUUAACCGAUCCGUGUGAGUUUGUCACUACCAAAAGUAUAAAUGCAAUGUCAGCAUUGACCGAGUUGGGGUUGUUGACAAAGUCAGCGCUGUGUGAGAUGGUGUCGGAAUGUGCGUGUUUUUUGGUUCACCCGAAUUUGUGGAUACGCCAUGCCGUGGUUGGGUUUAUAACAACGACGACAAAAUCGUUAUCGAUUUUGGAUGUUCAAUGCAAAAUUAUACCAAAUUUGAGUAUCUACAUGAAAUAUCCUUUGAUCCAAAUUGAUAAGCCGGAAUUGUUACUCGACUCCUUGGAUAAUCCGAUUCCGAGGAAUAUUUACGACAGUGUGGUCACUUAUCCGGAUUUGGAUAAUUUGCUCAGGAUGUUGAAAGACCGAAAAUUUGCACGAGAUGCAGCGAAUAUUGGUCGUGUCACUAGUUUGGAGUGGUACACAUCGUCCAUUAAAAACCUUUUUAGACGUUUAGAAGCCAACGGUUUGACCGAAACAAUGGAAGAUUAUUUCCUCAAAAUGGAACACCAUUUGAAAAAAAUCAACAAACACAGAAUGGCAACAAAACUGAAUCAAGGGGACGGCAAAAUCGAGCUUGUUAGUAGCAACGGUCAAAUAAAAAGUCACGUAUUUUAUUUGGGGGAAUCACAGAAGGGUGACUUUAUCGCUGAUAGAAGGUUACACAGGACGAACACAUCAGGGUCAAUUGACACAAAUGUAAAUUCCGAUUGGAACUACAGCUCUGAUUUAGUGACGAGACAUUCGGAAAGUACUAAUUCGGGUGGGAUGUCAUCCAGGUCGACGUCUUCGAGACCCUCGUCGCCGCCCCCUGACCCCCACACGCCUUUUAUCAGUACGGAUCCUUCGUCGAAUAUCAGUCUCCACGAACGCUCCUACAUACAAUAUCGCAGGUCGAGUUGUUAUUUGGAGUUGAAUAAACUGAAAAUUAAGCAGCAGGAACACUAUUUGGAGGCUUUAAGGGGCAAAGAUUGGGCCGAGCAAACCGCAUGGCAGCCCCAAUUGCCACCCCCCGAGUGGCAUUCGCGCGGCGUUUUGGUGGCUCACCUCCACGAGCAUCGAGGAACGGUCAAUCGCCUGUGCACAAUCCCGGAUAAACCUUUAUUCGCAAGUUGUUCUGCCGAUGGUUAUGUCCGGCUUUGGGAUUGCGCCAAGAUGGAAGGGAAAAACAUCGCAAACAGAUCGAAGCAACAUCACAAAACGCCAUCUGGUGCGGGGGUCACCAGUAUGUCUGUUUGUGACGGGGGGCAGAGUCUCGGAGCGGCUUCUUUGGAUGGGGCUAUAAAUAUUUUACGAAUUGAUCCGUCCGGAAAUAAGAUGAAUAUGAUCCAAACGCGUCAGUUGAAUUUAGAUGAGGAGGGAUUCGUGGUGGACGUCCAGUGUUUGGAUUCGGGAUUUCAGAGUGUCUUGGUUUACGCGACUUUAUACGGGUCUAUCGUAGGUUGGGAUUUGAGGGCACCGGGGAUUGCAUGGAAACUAGAAAAUAGUUUAGAAAAGGGAUUUAUUACUAGUUUUUGUGUUGACUCGCAUCAGAGUCUCCUGACUUUGGGCACAAGUAUCGGCCAUUACAAAGCUUGGGACUUGCGAUUUCAACUCCCGAUAAAUUCCUUUGAACAACCCGGGACUGAAAAAAUCAAAAAAGUGAUAAGUCACCCAACUGAACCAUCAUGGGUCAUCUCAAGCGUCCACGGAAACAAUAAAAUUCUCAUGUGGAACUUGGAGACGAAAUCUUUGGAGAAAAUUCUUUGGGGUAGUUCGGCCCCACCAUUGUCGCAGUCACAAGGCCCCUCGAAUAGUGUGUGUGCCUUGUUAGCGGGAUGUAUCGAUCGGAAUCCGUUUGUUUUGUCGGGUGGCACGGAUCAGAGACUUAGAUUUUGGAAUUUGGAGUCGCCGGAAAAGUCUCAUAUUAUUGCACCCGCUGCUAAUGAUCACAUUGGGAGCAACAUAACAUAUGAGAGUCGACUAAUUGAUGGGUUUCACGUGAUUUAUGAAAAUCCCGAAAAUGACAGAAGUAAGGAAAGUUGUGAGGAGGGACCUAGGGGAGGGCCGGAGCAACCCCCAGCCGGACACAGAGACUGUAUUACUGAUAUUACGUUAUGUAAAGCGUCCCAGUGUUUCAUGGUAUCGUCGUCGCGAGACGGAAUCAUUAAAGUAUGGAAAUAAGACUGUUUUGAAUGCAUCAGAUGAUUUUAUUUAAAUGUAUACAUUAUUAUUGUUAUAAUAAACUAUAUCUAUAUUUACUUC